CAACACUAACGGAAACAUCAACGUGAAAGCAAGACGGACGGACGCCCUCUGUCCGUGUCUGUGUGUUCAAAAGUUCAACGCGGCCCCCGUCGUCGCGCAGCAGUCGCACUCGAACUUUGUUUCAGUCACAAACACAGACACACAAUUCGACACCCGCACACACAAGCCCACGCAAAAGAGUCGCAAACACACAAGCAUACACCCACACAGACACACAGCCAUGCAUAGCAGCGUAUAAGCGUUUCAUAAAUGUACAUAUAUUCUUGUUUAAAAUAAAACAAGUGCAAGAAAAGUAGUGGCCCAUUGCGGCCGCAAAUGGAAACUCGUAUGAAAAUGUCCACUCGGCAACACGAAAAUCAACAACAGCAACAACAACAACAGCAGCCACAACAACAACAACAGGAACAGCAACAAAAACAAAACCAACAACAGCAACAACCAGAGGCAGUAACUCUACAACAACUGGAGGAAAAACUUCAACAGCAGCAGGAGAAACUUCCAAAAAAAGAUAAAGAUCUUGAAGACCAUCAGGAAUAUCUGGAAAGACAUACGGAAACAUUGGAGCACCAGAAGGCAAUACUUCAACAAAAGGGGGACCGAAUUAUAGAGCUAAGGGCAAAAUAUACACACGAGCAAGAGCAACUGCAGGAACAGAAGAAAAAACUUCAACAACAGUUGCAAAAAGUUCAACAACAGCGAAUGAAGUUCACCAAUCUACCAACAUAAGCCACUACACCAACACUGACGGCGACGGCUGCUGGAACGCUCUUUGACGUUAUCUCACACUUACACAUAUACAAACACUGAAACCACCCACAAACACCCACAUAUACACAUAUACAUAUAUACAUAUACAUAUGCAUAAAUGGCAAUAUGGACGGACUGCAGCAGCAUUUGUGUUGUAUCCAUAUACUACUCCUUGUACUCCUUGCACAGUGACACGCGCGUGCCAAAAAUUUUGCCGAUUUUAUCAAGAGAAAAGCAGCAGCAGCAGCACCAGUGGCAGCACCACCAGUGGCAGCAGCAGCUGCAGCAGUGGAAGCCAUUAACUGAAGGAGCCACAACGGGAGCGGGAUCAGUAAAAGGAGCAGCUGCAGCCCCAGAACCUCCCACAGAAACAACGAAUAUUGCAAAAAGGCGGCGCAAACUAUCACAAUGUCAAUUCAAAAGCUUAACGACAACGCAAACUCGGGAUACGUGAGCUCCGAGGAGACGGACUCUCUGCUGGUGAGCAGCGGCACCCCCAAGGGUGGGGGCGGCGGCGGUCGAACCGCCCUGCUGCGUCAGGUGAAGAACAGCAGCUCAGCCAAUGGACCAACAGUCGCCACCACAGUGGUUACCACAUUGCCAUCCGCCUCGGGAUCGGGAACGGGAUCGGCCAGCAAUAUGGCCUCCGGGGGAUCGGGAGGCAAGCCGACUCUGAUGCGGCAGGAUCGCACCUCCACAUAUCUGACAAGUCCACAACAGUCGCAGCAGCAGCAGUCGCGUAUGGGCUCUGAGGAGAGUAUGCGCGGUGGGAUGAUGCAGCAUGACGAGGACAUUGAACAGGGACUAAGAGCCAGUGGCACUGGUACUGCCGCGGUGCCUGCCACAACAACCAUGGUGCCAGACAUUGAGGUUUACGAAGAAGAGGACCAAGAUCCACAGCAAACUCAGACCAAUAAUACAUCGACGACCAAGCUGGAGCAGCAGCAACAACCGACCAUAUCAAUUAUGAAUUUAAGCCUAAAGCCCAACGAAGCUGGCAGUAGUCUGGGUCCAAGUCCCAGUCCUGGGAGUCAUCCCAAUCUGGGGACCUCAUCAUAUCAAAAUCUGGCGUCCAGCAUACCGCCGAGUGCGCCGAGUCGUUGCCGAGCAUGCCGCAACUGCAGUCGCCGUGCUUCCACAACGCCCAUGUCCACCGGACUCAUGAUCGACCGUUCCGCAUCGCGGGACAGCGUGAAGAGCGGCGGAAAUCUCACCAGCUCGAUGGCCAUUUGCAUAUCAAACUCUGCCCUCCAGCAGCAGCAUCAACAGCUACAGUCGCAGCAGCAUCCUUCGCACCAGCAGCAACACUUUCAGCUGCACCAACAGCUCCAGAUCCAGCAUCAGCAACAGCAACAGCUACAGUUGUAUCAGCAUCACCAUCAGCAGGUGCCCCCGGUGCUUAUUACAUCAUCCCCGACGAACGGGUCGCGCAUCAUUAGGCAGAGCUCACAGCCGGAGUCCAGCACCACGGCCAUAUGUUGUGGCACGCACGCAACUUGCGUGGGGCACGCCCACUCGCACACGGUGCCCAAUGUGUCGCUGAAACAGUUGCGGGAGAGCACACAAGAUGGCAUCGCCGGCAUUGCUGCCGACUCCCUGCGGAUCAACGGUGGAAUGCGACCCUUCAAGCAGGGCGUUCUUCUAAUGCCUCGCACCUUGUCCGAAAGCCGAAAGUUGAGACUUCGAAGGGCCUUCACCGAGGCCACUAGCGAAACGCUCCAAAGCUCCAAAAUGCUCCGCAAACCGGCGUCGACACUGUCAAUUCCUGGCUCGAUGAAAACACCUUCCAUUGCGAACCGGGAACAGAUCUCAUCUGGAUGCAACGAAGAAGCGGCCGAGGCACUAGUGGGUAUCCACUCAGACUACCCUAGGUAUGAAAUGUAUAUGGAAGAACGUGCUCUUACUGGCGGCAAUACGUCCAGGAAGCCAUCAACAAACUCGGCCAAACACAAACCCAAUGUGGGCUAUCGCCUGGGCAAGAGGAAAGCCCUCUUUGAGAAGCGCAAGCGCAUCAGUGACUAUGCCCUGGUGAUGGGCAUGUUCGGCAUCAUCGUGAUGGUGAUUGAGAACGAGCUGAGCAGUGCCGGUGUCUACACAAAGGCAUCGUUCUACUCGACAGCGUUAAAAACCUUAAUAUCUGUUUCGACUGUGAUUCUUUUAGGACUUAUAGUAGCUUACCAUGCUUUGGAAGUGCAGAAUUCAUUAUUCAUGAUAGAUAACUGCGCCGACGAUUGGAGGAUCGCAAUGACAUGGCAACGAAUUAGUCAAAUAGGGUUAGAACUUUUUAUAUGCGCUAUACAUCCAAUUCCUGGCGAAUACUAUUUCCAGUGGACGACGAAAUUGGCCAAUAAGAAUAAAACAAUUGGCACCGAAAUGGUGCCAUAUGACGUAGCUUUAUCAUUACCUAUGUUCCUUCGAUUAUAUUUAAUAUGCCGCGUAAUGCUGCUGCAUUCAAAGCUAUUCACAGACGCAUCAUCACGGAGCAUCGGCGCUCUCAAUAGGAUUAACUUUAACACAAGAUUCGUUUUAAAAACUCUAAUGACAAUAUGCCCGGGAACGGUUCUAUUGGUCUUCAUGGUCUCCCUGUGGAUCAUCGCUUCGUGGACGCUACGUCAAUGCGAAAGAUUUCAUGAUGAAGAACAUGCGAAUCUUUUGAAUGCAAUGUGGCUGAUAGCAAUAACAUUUUUGAGUGUUGGUUUCGGUGAUAUUGUUCCGAAUACGUACUGUGGACGUGGUAUCGCUGUCAGUACAGGAAUAAUGGGUGCUGGCUGCACGGCGCUGCUCGUGGCCGUCGUAUCCCGUAAACUGGAGCUGACCCGUGCCGAGAAGCAUGUGCACAACUUCAUGAUGGACACGCAAUUAACCAAAAGGCUGAAAAAUGCUGCGGCGAAUGUUCUUCGUGAAACUUGGCUCAUUUACAAACAUACAAGACUAGUAAAACGGGUUAAUCCCGGCCGUGUAAGAACCCACCAAAGAAAGUUCCUUCUAGCUAUAUAUGCGUUGCGAAAAGUUAAAAUGGAUCAGCGCAAACUAAUGGAUAAUGCCAACACAAUAACCGAUAUGGCCAAGACACAAAAUACCGUCUACGAGAUAAUAUCGGACAUGUCUAGCCGCCAGGAUGCCAUCGAGGAACGCCUAACAAAUCUAGAGGACAAAAUGCAGAACCUACAAGAGCACAUGGAAAGCCUUCCGGACCUAUUGUCUCGUUGUCUUACCCAGCACCAAGAGCGCAUCGAGCAACGACGGAACUUUUUACACCCAGACACUGCUGCAGCCCCCAUCCAACAGCCAACGCCCCAAUCGAUGUUCAAUGCAGCCCCCAUGCUGUUCCCCCACUCAAGAAGUGUUCCCUCAUCCAAUAACGCCGCUGCUACUUACCAUUGGCCAACAAGCCCUAUUUUGCCACCUAUAUCUAGUAGAACACCACAUUUAGUGCCUGAUACUCACAUGCCAUCAAAUGGAUCUGCAGUUAAUAGCUACGCAUCUUCCAACAAAUACGGCAGUUGAAUAUCAGAGAGAAGAGAGCGCUCCAGUUCCGUGAUUAACAUCGAGAUGCUACCAUUAAAGCCCCCAUCCCCCAAAACUACGUCAACGUCAAUGUCCAUGUCAAAACCAAAAGCCAUGUCGUCGUCGCCGCCACUGGGCGCUGAGAUUGCGCUGAGGCAACGUUUGCAUUCGCCGUCGUUAUCACAGUCCCAAUCCCAAUCGCAGUGGCAGUCGCAGUCGCAGUCACAGUCCGAAACACAGUCACACGCACAGCUGCAAUAUCGGGGAAUAUCACUGUCGCUGGAAUACCUGUUGCAUCGUGUUGGUGAGACAAUACCACCGGUCAUACCAGAGGAUGUUGAAUCGCCGACUAAUACGAACACGAACAGCAACAGUUCGCCGGACCAAAAUGCCAUAGCGAUGUGUACGAUGACUGUACCAUCAUCGAGCUCAGCGCCGGCAUUCAGCGGCAAAGCUGCCCCAACGCCAAAGCAAACCGACGCUAGCGAUGGCAGUGGAAUUGUGAAAUCGAUAACGAUAACGGACCCACUGACUGCAGCACUGGCGACAUCGAUGCCGAUGCCGAUGCCGAUGCCGAUGCCGAUGACGAUGACGACGACGAGUGGCACAGCCGCCGCCUCAACAAAGAUCACUGAGAAUAAGUUUACUAGAAAGAGAGAACGUGUAUGCAAUAAUAGUAGUAAUAGUGCUAGGUAAUAAUAGUAAAUAGUAAAUAAUAGUGGUAAUAGUAAUAUUAGUAAUUCUACAAGUCGAAUUUCGAAAGUCGGCCUUUUGUAAAUAAAGCCUCUUCGGAAUGAGAAACAAACAAAACACAAAACUCAAAAGGUAAAACGCUAGCAUAUACAUACAUACAAUACAUACAUAACUAUAUGUUAUAUACUUACAUGCAUAUGUCUGUUGAUGUACACACACACUCUUAUGGAUAUAUAUAGCCCUGAAAACAAAAAACAUAUACACUUACAUACAUAUAGUAUAUAUAUAUAUAUACAAUGGUGUAACAUUUUUUUCCUAAGUUUUAGGCUAUAGAAAUAUUUGUAAUUUUCACCUUUGGUGUGUCCCGUGAGGCAGCCUGUGUUUUGCAAACUACUAAAAUUAUAUACAAGUAUAUAAGUAUGUAUGUCCUGGUAAUGCAUUGCAUAAGUGUGUGUGUGUAUGUGUGUUUGUGUUUGUGUGUGUGUUCGAGAGGGAGGUGAUGUUCCGUAUGGGAUGUGAUCGGAAUCUGUACUGUGGCGAAGCGUGCUUUAUCAUCCGCAGAUCAUAAUACAAUCCCCCAGCAACUCGAGCGCUCAAAGAACCUACUUAAAUACAGUCCCUGGAACACUCCUUUACCUCCCAGCAGCACUUCCUGUAAAAUCUUUAGUGCAGCACUUUCCUUACAACCAUCCUCUGCCUACCCUACCCCCACAAGUCAAUGCCUAUCCAGAACAUGUCCUCCCUUCUGUACGCAGUUUUGUGUGUGUAAUAUGUAAAGCAGAAUGUAAAUGGAAAUAUGAACAGCGACAACUAGAACAAUUAUAUAUGUAUACAACAACAAGAAGAACCCACUAUAUGUAUAGCUGUAAAACGUCAGAUGUUUUAAGAACUAUCUACUAGAAAGCGCGUUAAAACAGUAAGCAAAAACGAACGAAGAACGAGUAGCGAGUAGCGAGUAACGAGUAACGAGUAACGAUGAACGAUGAACGAAGAAGUGAGGAACAACCCACAAACAAGUAGUACAUACUAUUGUACAUCUACUAGCGUCUGGCUUUAAUUAAACUAACGAAACAAAACAAAACCAAUUUAAUGGAAACACGUUUGUUGUUGUCUUCUUUUUCUACAUAUAUAUCUAUAUAUAUCGGUAUAUACAUAUACAUAUAUAUAUACGAGUAUAUUAUUUCGAGUUGUUCGUUGUUUUUUGCCUUUUUCUUUUCUACCAAAAGAAAUUAUGAACUCAAUUAGGAACCUGACUAGCUUUCGAGGGAGUUACUUACGUGACGAGAAGACGUUGAUAGUAGCAUAGACUAAAAGGAAACCAAAAAAAAAAAACAAAACAAAAACAGAACUAAAACUAAAUUAAAAGUAAAGUAAAUUAAAUGUAAAAGUAAAAGUAAAGUAACCAAAUCGAUAUAAAGAUAAAAGAAAAGAGAACAAUUUUAAUUGAACUUUUGUAACAUAUUACAUUUAGAAAUUCACAUUAAUUUACAAGAAAAACCCUAGCUGGUAAACAGAACAGACUCUAGGCUCCAGAAUAGAAACAGACUAGAGAGCAGAGUAGAUCGGAAACAGAGAGGUAGGAGCUGAAUGAGGUGAAGGAGGUGAAGGAGGUGUAUGAAGUGUAGGAGGAACCCCCCAAACAAAAGAUAUAGUGUACGAGUAGUCUUAAUAGCAGAAGUGGCCGAGCUACGUAAAGAUUUUCUAAAGAUUCUAAAAGGAAUUAUAUAUACUAUAUAUAUACAUAUACAUACAUACUAUUAAAAGUAUUAACGGAAAGCAUCGAAGUUAGUCGAAAUUUAGAGAGAAUAAGGUCAAAACUAGCUAAAUGCAUAACUUCAACAAAUGCUUUGUAAGGACUCAAAAAACAACAAGGAGGAGCAAACAAGAUAUACAUACAACUGAAUUCCCCAGAUAGUGCCCCAGUCCCAGACCCCGUUCCUAGCCCCUGUCCCUGCCCCUGCCACAUCCUCUAGAACCGAAUAGAACCCGUGAAGAACCAGAAAGGAUCAAAAUAUCUGUAUAAUCUAUAGACUAUAUAUAUAGCCAUAGGUGCUGUAGAUCCCUUAAGCCAAUUAACGUAUCGGAGUUUCCCUUCAAAGACAUUCCGCCUCCACGACCAACAUCCCCACAACAGCCACAGCCCCGCGACAGCCCCCGAGACGAUCUUUGAUUUGGAAUUUCCAGGAUUUAGGAUUUAGACACCACCCCCUUCAUAAAGAAAAGAAAAGAAAAAUAAAGAAAACCAAAAGUUUCUCAACUGUCUGAUAGGUGUAACUUACGAGUAAUAUACAAAAAUAUAUCCCCGAGAGAUAGAUAGAACCAGGAGGAGAACUUCCUAAGGACCCUAAGAAGAGAAUCCCCCAGAGGAGUUUCAAAAAGGAGAAGACAAACUAAACAAACGAACUAAACGAACCCUUAACAAAAAUGUGUGUAUACCUAUUUAUAAUAUUGAAUAUUUAAAUUGAAAUGAACGUUCAAGACUGCUGUCAAAAUAGCUUUAUCACAAAAUAAAUAACAAAGAUCUACACGAGACACAGAACAAGAACAGAUCACAAAUGAAAACAGAUCCGAACCGAUCGGAAAAGAUCAGAACAAGAACAGUACAGUACAGAACAUAACAACAGAGCAAACACCUCACUCAGAACACAUACUACCACACGACACUGACACUGACACUGACACUGACACAGACAUUGGCAUGGAAUACGCCCACGCCCAGCUUUAACGUUAUGUAUUGAUGCAUAUUUGGGUUUCAACUCUACAACAACAACAACAACAACAACUUUAAACGAACAAAUAUCGAUACAUGUAUGUGUCGAUAGGCGAUAUAUCAAAUCGAAUCAAAUCGAAUUGAAUCGAAUAAUUGGUACAAGAUCAAAUUCCCCCUUGAACUGGUUUCCUAAGCCCCACAAAAAUAUUAAACAAAUUAAAACUUAAAAACGAAACAAAACCAAAACCAAAAAACUUUGAUAUGAGGGACCGAAAUUUCAAAGACAGGUCUUUAUUAUACAAAAUACCAAAACCAAAAAAAAACAAAAUCAAACAACUAAUAGGAGUCUCUGCCUAAAAACAGAACCUACAAAAAAAAAACACUCAACAAGAACACCAAUGGAACAUUCAACAGAAUCACUUUAUAAAAAAACACGAUUUAUAGACGCUUUUGAGCUGGAAUUCAGUGGCAGUUGCAGUUGCAGAAACAGGACACACCACAUACUCGAUCAUGAAUGAGCCCCACACCAUGUGUUUGGCUAAAUGUUGUUCCUUUCGGGUGUAGCACUCGUAUAUGUACAUAUGUGCUUGUCCAGUCGUCCCUGUUGCUGUUGCUGUCGUUUGUCCAGUCCCCUGUCCUGUGGCCCGUGGCCCGUGGCCCGUGGCCUGUGUGUUGUGUACUUUGUGUGUUGGUUUUUCAUAUUUUUCUAAUACGAUUUCUAAUUGAAUAUGCAUACAUGAUGAAUAAAUCUUGUGUAUGUAUAUAUUAUUUUCUUCAGCGAAUCGUAGAGCUCGUGGGGUACUGCGAAAAUCACAAAGUGUUGCACACGCCUGAUCCUAGAACCGAACCGAACCGUACCGAAAACUGGAUACAAGUUCUCUCAAUCGUACAUCGAAUACCAGGAAUACCAGAAUCCCAAACUGAAAUAACUGUCUUUUGGGUACAUUUACACGCUCAGAUCAAUAGUAUACAUAUGUAUAUAGAGGUUCCCCUGCCACCAUCCCCAGAUUCCAGUCCCACACCUUUUCCCACUCUUUCAACUACUAUUGUAUGUAGAAUGAGGUAUGGUAUGCAAAAAAUAUAUAAGGUUACAAAUACAUUUACAUAUACAAUAAACACACACUCAUACACACACACACACACACACACAUGAAUAUAUAUACAUACACAUACUUAUAUACAUGUACAGACGGUCUAGAGAGUAUAUACCCCGAGAGGAACCCGCGACGACACAAAAAAUAAGAUCAUAUUUGACUUUAUAUGUAUUAUAGUAAUGUAUUCAGUAGCUAAAUCGAAAGCCGAAGCAAAGACCAAUUUAUUAAACGACAAAUUAAAUGGAAAAAAAAAUUAAAUGAAAACCGAAAAAGAACAAUUAUUAUGUUAAACUAAACAAUAAAGAGCAUGAGGAUGAUGUAGAGGAUGUAGAGAUGAACGCGAAGAAGCAGGCGAAAAGUGAAACAAUUUUUUAUUAAAAAACAAAAAAGAAAACCUAAAGGAAAUGAAAACCUAAACUAGAAUGCAUUGCAUGAUUUAAACAAACGAAAACAAAACAGAAGAAUAGGUAAAAAAGAAACCGAAACUAAAGUAAAUGCAACUAAAUCUAAAACUAACGUCAACUAAAGCUAAACCUUAAACUAUAACUAAGUAAAUCUAAAUUAAACUUAAUUAAAUUAGUAUAGUUGAAAGGGAAAAGAUUUGAUUUCUAAAAGAAAUGCGUAGGAAGAUUUAAAAACCACAAAAAAACCAAAAACCAAAAACAAAAACC